CACAAUCCUGGUCCUCGAGUACCCCCUUCCAGAAAGUUAUAGAUGUCUCCUUAUCUAACACACCUGAUUUUACUCAACAGCUUGUUAGGGAGACAUGUUAUCCAUUCUGGAAGGAGACUGAUUAGUUGAAUCAGGUGUUUUAUAUGAGGAGACAUCUAAAACUUUCUGGAAGGGGGUACUCGAGGACCAGGAUUGGGAAACUCCAGCGGAGGAGACAACAGCUUGCCGUCGAUUCUUCAUUCAUUUAAGGCAGGGGCCUCCUCCAUGUGGGCAUCAUGUUGCGGGCUGUUAAAUGAGGUGAUGGGCACAGGGGCGGUCCGUACCCAACCUCCGGGCUUUGGAGCUGGAGCCGGUCCGUUCCGCUUCGCACCCAGUGCUGGAUAUUCCACUUAUCCCCCCACCAGCGCCACCUCAGGAAGCACAGGCUUGGUGUGCAAAGCUUGUGGACUCGCCUUCUCUGUGUUUCGACGAAAGCACGUUUGCUUGGAUUGUAAGAAGAGCUACUGCUCGCUGUGCUCCGUUCUGCAGGAGAACCUGCGGCGCUGUGCCACCUGCCACUUGCUGUGGGGCACGGCCUUCCAGCGGCCGCGGUUAAUGCGACUCCGCGUCAAAGACCUGCGACAGUACCUCAUGCUGCGAAACAUCAACACGGACACAUGCAGGGAGAAACAGGACCUGGUGGAUCUCGUGCUCUGCCAUUUGGGUGCCGAGCUGGAGAUGGGGGAAGAUGAGGAAGAAGAGGAAGAGGCAGAAGCGGACGUGGACAGUCUGAACUCUCUCCCGCGCUCUCUAUCCACCACGCCCGCCCCUGCGGUGCGGUCCGCCUCCCAGCAGUCGGUACUUUCUGGAAUCGCCUCUCAGGGAGAUGCUCUUAGUCACAGCGAUAGCUCAGGGACAACCAGCCAGGACCAUGGAGAUGCUGCGUCAGUUGCCCUUCUUAACCUGGAACCUCAUGAAGAGAUACUGGAGGAGAGUCCUGCGACGCAGAGACGGGCGCGUGCCUCCCUCUCAGAUCUGGCCCACGAAACCGACAUCGAAAGUCUGACGGUACGGCAACUGAAGGAGAUCCUCGCACGAAACUUUGUCAAUUAUUCGGGCUGCUGCGAGAAAUGGGAACUGAUCGAGCGCGUCCAUCGACUCUACAGAGAAAACGAACACAACAGAAGAUCGAUGGAAAAUGUUAGCAACAACCAAGCUGCAGAUGGUGUGCAAGUGACCCAGUUGGGCGGCGUUGAUGAGAAUCUGUGUCGUAUCUGUAUGGAUGCAGUAAUAGACUGUGUCCUGCUGGAGUGCGGUCACAUGGUCACCUGCACCAAGUGCGGCAAGAGGAUGAACGAGUGCCCCAUCUGCAGGCAGUACGUGGUGCGAGCGGUGCACGUCUUCAAAUCUUAACACUGGCCUCGCUUCUACUCACUUUCAACACAAUGAUGGACGUACCAGUAUGAAGCCAUGACGGGACCGUGUGACUGCCCCUUAAGCUUCACACUGAGUAAAAAGUCGUGGUAGCCGUUACUGCGCACAUCUUUGCUAUUUAGAGUGUGACCGUUAUCUGCUGCCCACUUUUUUAUUUGUUGACCCUUUUAUGCUUAUUUACAUAUUUACUAACCCAGGGAAAAUGGAUUUUAGAGGAAUAAAGUAUAUAUAUGUUUAAAAAGCUUAAAUGGUUUACAUUCCUGUAAACGCAUAGAAAUGUUUUAUAGUAUGUGCAAUAUUAGAAAUCUUUACUUGUGCGUGUAGAGAAACCGAUUGCCGUUAAGAUGCAUGUCGUCGUAACAGUGAAGACCAAUGCCGUGAAGGGGGAACAUAGGUGCCAAAGUAGAAAUGUGCAGAAUGGCUUCUGGAUUACGUUAUGUGCUAUUACUAAUAAUUGUGUUAUUUUUAUUUGUUAAAUCAGCUAUUAUCACAACACAAUUUAGGAUAUGUGAAACAAAUGACCAGCCAGCAGGGAUGUUAUAUAAAGCAAUGGUGACUGUAAGUUUAAGAGAAACUGUAUCGUAUGUUUUUCCACUGAAAUCCAGCAUCUGCAGUUAUGUAGCUUAUUGAAUAACCUUGGUUAUUUUAAUCUUGAAUCAAACUUGUACCUGUAAAACAUUAGGUGUGUGAUUAGUCUGCCUCCGUUAUAUUUUUUGAAAAAUACGGUUAAAGGUGCACAUUUAUGUUUGGCUAACACUUAUUUAUGCUUUUAAAGGGCACCUAUUAUGCCAAUUUUUACAAGAUGUAAUAUUAAUCUCAGGUGUGCCCAAAAUGUGUCUAUGAAGUUUCGGCUCAAAAUAACCCACAGAUCAUUUAUUAUAGCAUGUCCAAAAUGUCCCUAUUUGGGUGGGAGCAAAAAUGCUAUUUUUAUGUCUGUACCUUUAAAUGCAAAUGAGCUACUGAUCCUUACUUCCUUGCCAGAAGAAGCAGUGAGCGAUUUAAGUUAAAGCAAAUUUGAUUCCUGUGAAUUCAGUCUGAGAUGAUAGUAUAUUUCACUAUUGAGAUAUGGCAGCUUACUCGCCGAAGGCAGAAACUAUGGUAACCAGGACUGUAAGUGAGUGGCUGUGGGCGGGGCUUUGUUUGUGUGACGUCACAUUAACAAGAUAAUCAAAAUCAUGUCUAUGAGACUGCUGUGGUUUAAUGAGGAUUAAAAAGGGAGAGAGGAUUUUUUUUUCAUUUUAGGGUGGUUGUGUUCGCACAUUUAUUUUGCAUAAUAGGUGCCCUUUAAAUACCCAUACUACAAAGAAAAAAAUUAUUUAUCAAUGCCGUUGACAGAAAUGUGCAUUUUUCAUUGUUACCCAUGAUUCAUUUAUUUAGCAACCGAAGAUAUCUUAUAAGUUGGUUACCACCUUAAACAUAUUUUUAAACAUAUUUGUCAAAGCGAUUUUGUGCUCCAAAACAUUUAGUGAGUUGUUAUAAUUACUUGGUGCACCUUUAAUUGGUCACACAGCGUUUAAAAAAGCCACAUUUUUACUGUUGUUUAAAAAAAGACCUGCUUUAUUGUUCUUCAUCUCAAGCAAUACCAUCAAAAUCAUCCUUUGGUGUGUUGUUAGAACAAAAAACGUGGACAUUAUUCAAUUUCCACAAGCGGUGCUACAUGGAUUUACUUGUCACAGUCCUCCAAUUUGUUUAGACCAUUAGUGAAAACAGAUUUUACUUAAGUUGACUCAAAUUUGAUCCCCCCCCCCCCCCAUUUGUGAAUAUUCCAGUCUAGAUAUUUUUUAAAUGAUGAGAGGAAAUGUGUUAUAUAAUUAGUCUAGAUGCACUUCCUUAUGCUGUGAAUUAUGUAAUCAAAUGUAUGUCUGUGGUAUUUCCUAGACAAACACAUAUAAAGUGUAAUUAUAUGAUUUUUAUACAAUAUACAAAAUAUACAUUCACUCUAUGGAUAUAUUUAACUUUUUUUACAUUUGCUCCCCCCAGUUUUUCUAGAAUGUUUUGAUUUUGUCUGUUUAGUCUUGAAAAGACUGCAGUAGAAUUGAUUGCUUUUGUCUCACCCAUUCAUUUAAAUAAUGAUUUUGUUAACCUUGUCCACAUUUGUGUACCCAACACUGACACUGUGCAUACAUGUGUGUUUCUAAUGCUGCUAUCUCUAAAAGAUGUCACUUACAGUAGGCAACUACGUUAGCUGAGCAGACAACAUUACACUCUAAAUUACAUAAACUGAACGCUGCAGGAUGUUUUGGGGUCUGGUCUUUGUAUUUUGGAAUGUUGAACUUUUUAUUUUGGUAAUUCAAAGAUGAUUUAUGAACUUUAAUAAAAUAUGGUACCUUGGAUUAACAA